AUGCAGGUCGCUACCUGCUGCAUGUGUGUCAUUGUGGUUCAGGUAUUACUGUUUUAUGAGGACCUGCUUCAAACUUAUGGGGACAUGAAAGAUCCCCGAGACGGAGAAGGUGGAGUUUCCCAGCAUGCCUUGGCUGCAAAAGUGGAAGUGUAUGAGGGGGCGGAGUCUGUGCUUCUGCCCUGCCGGGUAGGUUUUUUACUGGAGGACACCACAGUGACAUGGAGCCGCCCUGACCUCGAUCCCAGCACCAUCCACAGGUGGCACGAAGACCGAGACGAGCCGGAAGGUCAGAACAUGCGUUACCGUGGGCGCACGGCAAUGAGGGCAAACGAGGCGGACCCCAAAGACCUGAGCCUCACUCUGAGCAAACCCGAGCUGUCUGACACCGGAAGUUACGACUGCAUCAUCAGCAAGCAGAAAGACGUGCUAAAGCUGACCGACAUAGAGCUCCAGGUCAAAGUUGGCAUGUUGGAGGUGGAGGUGACAGAAGGGUCCGAGUUCAUCCAACUGCCCUGCCAAACGACAUCUCUGCUGCCUGCCGACACCACCGUGGAGUGGAGCCGCUCCGAGCCCAUCCCCAUGAUUGUCCACGUGUUCCCGAACAGCAGUGCAGAGCUGCCGAAGAAACAGGACGAGUUCUUCUGUGGACGCACGCGCAUGCAUGAGGACUCGCUGAAAACGGGAGACCUGAGUCUGACCCUGAAGUACCCCUCAGAGCGAGACAACGGUCACUACGUCUGCACCAUCAACACGGGCACGGACAUGCUGAAGCAGAAAGUAGCCCUGCAGCACGUCAAAAAACCGUUUCCCACCUGGGCCACGGCUUUCCUGAGCAUCAUGGCCAUCAGUCUGGUUGCUGGCGGAGGUUUUGUGGCAUAUUUCUGGUAUUAUUUUAAGAUGGUCUCCACCAUGGAGGUGGAUGAAGGGGGGGAGUCUGUUCAGCUGCAAUUUAAAACCACGCCUAACCUGCCAGUCGGUGCUACAGUGGCGUGGAGGCGCUCCAGGCUUGGCUUCAAACCAAUCACAGUUUAUGAGUACUCGAACGGCGAAAGCAAACCAGGUGUGAAAUACACGGACCGUACAGAGAUGGUCGAGGACCCACUGACAUCAGGAGAUCUCAGUCUGACCCUGAGGCGACCGCGAAGACGAGACAGCGGGAUCUACAUCUGCACCCUCUGCAGGGGCAAAGUCGUCCUGGGUGAGAAACGACUGAGGCUGGAGGUCAAAGUCCCUCAGGUGAAGGUGUCAGAGGGGGUCGAUGCUGUGCUGCCCUGGAGAACCUGGAUUCCUCCAACAGAAAAAGCCACUGUGGAGUGGAGCCGUCAUGAGCCGUGGCCCAUGAUUGUCCAUGUCUAUCAGAGCGGCUCAAGCUGUCUGGAGAAGCAGACCUGGUUGUACCGUGGCCGCACAAAGAUGGAGGACGAAGACCCUCGUAAGAACAGAAACCUCAGUCUGGUCCUGCACGAGCCCACGGUGCUGGACAGUGGCGAGUAUACGUGCACCAUCAAAGAGGAAGAGCGAGUCGUGAGGACGAAGAGUCUGAGGCUCCACGUCAGAGAUUUCAAUCACAUCUCUGAUGAUGAAGAAAAUGAAGAAAAUACUCCUUUGAUCAGAUACCGUGGCCCCCAGUCUGUCUAAUCUCUGGCUCCCCCUCAGGUCCUCUCGGUGAACUGUGCUCAGUAUCAAUCAGUGAGCCGUGGCCCAGAUUUUAAAAGUCCAAACAAAGGAAAGGAGGAAAUAAGACAACGGGAUUCAAAGGUUUUUAAACGUCAUCCAUUUUUAAAGUAUUUCAGACAACAGAACAUGUACUGUUUGUUUCUCAGGAUCCACAUGAUAAAAAGUGUUUAGCUGACAUUAACACUGUGGUGGGCGUUGGUUUGUGGGGCGUCCGCAGGGGAGACCGACGCACCGGAGCUCCAUCAUGCGUAAGAAGAAUUAACUGGAUCCUGAGUUGUUGUUGUUCUGUGCGUGCUGCUAAAAGCUGCAGCCCAGGGGUGUUGUAGCAGCAACCGGGAAAUAGAGUGUGUCAAAAGUGUGAAAUAUGUGGUCGGGUCUGUGCUUACCGCCACAAACACCUGUAGGACACCAGAUUUAUAACAUUAAAAAAAAAGACAGUUUGAAAAUUAUUCCUUUUGGCCCAACAACCAAACCCAGUUAGGGAGAUUGUCACAGUCUGUGGAAGCAGACUGUGACAAUCUCCCUAACUUCUGAAUGUGGGAGUGAGAAGGAGCACCCAGGUGCAGACACGCCAGGAGACGGAGCUGAGUUUACACAAAAGGCGAGCUGAAAAACCAUGAAUACAAAAACAAAGCAGCGGGAGAGAACUACAACUACAAGCUAAACUGUGACGACUAUGACAAAGUGACAUGAACAUGAUUCUGAACAGGUGCAUGCGAGGAAACACGAACAUGGAACACGAACACGGAACAUGCCCUGAACAGAAUCAUGAAAGACUUUAAAUUCCCACUAGAGCUGCUCAUUUCAGGGGAUACUCCCUCUUGUGGUGUAACGGAGGAAUAACUACCCUUACAGCACUGUGUCUUAUCUUAUUGGAAAUUGGGGCACACAUUAUUAUACAACAACCAAAGAAAAUAACAUAUUUGAACAAUCAGAACAUUUUAACCAAAUAUAAUAUUGUAACUAAAGAUUAUGGGGGAUGUCUUGUUUUUGUCCAUAAUGCGUCUCUUGUCCUUACAAAUACUAGAACUUAACAUCCUUUCAAUGUAACAUAAGAAAACAAAAAUACAAAAACUAAACUCAGAGUGCUGGGUCGCAGCCCCUGACAGAGGUGAUAAAACCAGAAGCUAUUUCAGAGGGACAUCACUGAAAGAUUGUCGAUGUUGAUUCAUCUCUGCAGCGCUCUCUCAGCUUGACUUGUUAAAGAGAUACCUGCAACCUUAUUCACAGCUCUGCUGCAGGUUAAACAUAAGGCCAUAUAAAGCCAUCAGCACCUCAAUCUGAGGUGUGUCCUCCAUCCUGUGACCAGGAUCAGCCUCAGAGCUCCAUGUGGAAGGAGGUCUCAGCAGGAGCUCCAAUGGAGGAUCCACAAACGACACAGAGAAUGAAGGAUUUUUGUUGAGCUCAUUGACUUAUUCUCAGUCAGACUCGUGUUUGAGAUGUUCACGAUUCCUUGAAGUCAUCACAGGACUAAACAUGAGCACAAAAACCUCAACAAUUCUACAUCAACUUUUUAUCAUGUGAUCAGGUUUCAUCAGCUUUAAGACAUAAAAGCAGUCAGAAUGAGCAGCCUGUGUCACUCUGAACUCACCUGUAAAACCAAGUGGGCACAAAGUGAGAGAUUCUGUGUACUGAGAAAAAAUGGAAAUGAAUAAAAGCACUGGAGCCUGUCAGUGUGUGCCUUAACUGUU